GCAGUUAUGCACAGGCUAACCAUGCUUCAGACAUGGAUCCUGUUGACAGAGCAAGUAGGUAGACCUGUAAGGGGACUAAGACCAUGAAUGGUCUGGUUUAAUUAUUAGCUCAAAUAUGAAGAGGUCACUACCAGUCCUACGCUGCUAUGGGGUCUUCGUAACACUGUAGGAUUUUCCUGUGUAGAUGAAACUUCUAGAGAUCUUAACAGAGGCAUUUUGUCCCCUGAAGCACACAUUCGAAGUAAUAGAUUACACUGUGUCUGGGGAAAGAAGAAGUGCAAAAGACCCUUUAAAAUUUUCAGCCUCUAGGUUUUCAAAAACGGAGACUGAAAUUAGACAAACUUACGGCUUUCAAAAUUAUUUUUCCCUAUGUUUGCUGACUAAAAUCUUCUUAUUUGUAUUCAUGUAAUGCAUUAUCCAUGCUAAACAAGGCAAAAUUUACCUCGAUACUAGUUUGUACAAGUUACACUUUAGAGCCCACUAGAAGCUGGUUAUCCUUGUGUUUUCCUUCUGCUCUGGAAAUUUCAUUUCUCACUUGUCAUCACGUGUUGUCCCCAGCUCAGUCCCCAGGUCCAGCCCAAAAGCCCAAGCACCAGUAUGAGAUGUGUCACCUCCAAGAGGAACCAGCUGCUGCUCCCUGCGGGAAGGAAGGGGAGAAAUGAGGAAGGUGGAGCUGGAGUAGCUGCAAAUGGUUUUCAAUUAGUGGGUGUUUCUUUGUUGCUGUAAAGAGAGGGGAUUAGGGGCAGGUCAAGAGACAAAAGUUCCUGAAAAAGGAGCUCAGGCAGUGCCUUGGUGGGCAGCUGGUGGGUUGGGAGCAUCACCUCUGCAACUGCUGUGGUGCUGUGUCUCUGAAAUAAGAAGCAGGGGCGACAAAAAACGGGCAGUGUGGGCCAAGUUGGUAAGAGGUGAGAGUCUGUGUGACCCACCAUGGCACGGGUAGCUCUGUGUGCCCUGGUGCUGCUGCUGGCCGUGCCGGGCAGCGCGGGGCAGGCGGGGGAGUUCUGCCACGGCUGGGCGGGCAGCCCGCAGCGCUGGCACCGCGGCUUCCAGUGCCCCGAGCGCUACGACAGCCCGGAGGCCACCCUGUGCUGUGGGACCUGCAGCUUGCGCUACUGCUGCUCGUCCAGAGAGGCUCGGCUGGACCAGGGCCGGUGCCCUGGUGACAAUGAGCAGCCCAGCCCCAGGCCUGCAACGCCAGUGCCCGUGUACCUGCCGUUUCUUCUUGUUGGGUCUGUAUUUGUGACGUUUGUUGUCGGUGGUGCCUGCGUUGGAAUUUGCUGCUGCAAGUGCUUAAAAUCCCAGGAUGAGGGGCAGCAAAGUGGACUUGUGCCUGGCCAGACUUGGCUACUAGAACCUGAUCUUCCUUCUCGCCUCUCCAGUUCCAGUUCUGCCACAAGAAACUCCCUGAGCAGUGGUCCUCAGACCAGCAACAUCUGCGUGACUCUAGCUCCAUCUCUUCCUAUUAUUGAGUUGGCCGAUGAUGCUCGGUUUUUAGGUCCUCCACCUACCAGCAGGCAACUCUUCCACCCUUCACACACUAACCACAGAAUACCAACUGAUCAUACUGUGAUAAUGGCUCCAGCAUCAUUCCUUAAAAGAACAAUUUAUGGACACAGUGCCAAUGCAUCCGCUCUUGGGGUAACACAGGGUGACCAAAUGCUGUACUCAGGAGCUCAUGUCUGAGGAGGUGACACAUCAGCAUACAGCCUGACACUAUCAGAAGAAGUUCUGCAGGACUGAAAUGGCGACUUUCAAGUGUUUGGUGCUAUUAGGAACUGCAUCAAUUUUGGCUUUUACAGCUCUGAAGGUGAUGUCUUAGAACUUUUAUUUUUUUAACUUGUACUAUUUUAAUGCUGUUGAAAAGGCAAGAGAUUCUGAGGCUUGUAUACCCGUUCAAGGAUCAACUGCAACUGUAGAAAUGAGUCUCUUUAAGCUGCCAGACCACGCUCAUAGGGGACAUGUUGGAGGACUUGAUUUUGGCUUCUGUAACUGUGUCACUUCUCAGCAACUUAGGACACGGAGGUACCUUAGUGGAGUUAUUAGUUGUGGACACUUGACAGCCUGUAAAACACAGGGAGACUGUGCUUAAUCUACACACUUCUACCAGUCGACUGAUGCAUGGUGGUAAAACACUGACCCACCUACUCCUGCUGAACUGUUGGUUUAGUGGUGCUGCUAAAGGCGCAACUUCUAGCCCAAAUUUCAGUAAAAUGUAUGUUUAGUACAGAUACUAGGGGAAGAUAAUAAAACAAUGUGUUGCUUCCUUUCUUCCAGUGCCUUAGUGGUCUUUUUUCUCUCUUCACAUAACUGGACACUUCAAAUAGAUGAAGAAUGACAGGGUAAGGUUAAGAACAAAAUCAGACUCCAAUCAGUUUUCUGAGAAUAUGUUGGAAAAGCUUUCCUAAUUUGACUCCUUGUUAAGAUGCCUGACCGCAGCCACCCCCCUCCCAGCAGGACACUGAUAGGAAGAAGAUGUCUAAAUAUACUACUCGCUGCUGGAGUGUUUUAACACCUCCUCACAGCACAGAAACCUGAGUUGAUUGUGCUGUGAAAGCCCGUUAAAAGGACUCCACAGGUGUUAGCAGCAGGGACCAAGGCUUAAAAAUCUUAUGUGUACAAGAAGUAAAUGCUAAAGCAUUUCGUAUAUUAGCACUGCCUACCAAACAGAAAACUGGGACAAUAAUGAUGCUUGGAGACUUCUCUUGGAAGUUAAUGGGACUAAUAUACUUUGUAAACACAUGUAUGACCUUCUGCUACUUUAUAUAUAUAUUUUGCUUCAGAAUGUUACACCUUAAUUCUGGUGAGCAGUGUGUCCUACACUAGUGCUUAUACUAAGCACCUAAGUGCCCUAGUUUGUAGGGGCAAGGUAAUAUAUUUGGGUAACUUAUUAUACCUUCAUGGGUGUGAAUCACAAGUUUCACAGAACUUAGCUGAUCCAGGGCUGUGACUUCAGUUUGCUUGGCCACUUCCUCUUAAAAUUGGAAUAAGAGUAUAAGCAUGAAAAUAGAAUACCCUAAAAGGAAAAGCUUCCUCAAAAUACUUAGGCUUGUGUCGUAUACUUUUUUUUAGUACUGAAAAAAAAGUCAGUUAAGGCUUCCAGAACCAUACUGGCUUGAACUGAAAAUCAUUGUCCUUGUUACAGUCAGUGAAAGGUCACUGGGAUUUAUUGAUAAUUAUGCCAAUACUCUGUAUGGCCGCUGGAAUACUGGUUUUUAAAGUUAGGUUUCAAACUUGUAUUGCUGAAGGCACUUAGAAAAUUGCUUCCUUUUUAUAAAGUAACUGUUGUUUGCAGUUGGCUUAGGAAAAAACAUAGAAAAUGGAGUAUUUUAUCUCCUUAAAUGUCCCAUUUGAUAGUACAUCAUGACAAAAACUCGGGUCAGCUCAGAGAUAAAUGAACAAAACCUUCCUGGUGCGCUUUGUUCUGGGAAAUAGAGAGCAACUCAUGUCACAUUUAUGCUUUUAGGAAGAUACAUUUUACGCUUAGUAGGUUCGAGCAUUAGAAAUGAAGAAGAGGUGGUUUUGUCGGCCAGU